CGACAGACUUGGAAGGGACCGGGUGUGGCUAAGCGAGUGAGGUCCUUCGACAAACAAGCAGGUGUUGACCUGAGUCAGCCAUGGCGGAAACCCAGAGUGUAGCCGCGUUGUAGGGUCCAGCAGUGAGUCAUGUCGAAUCUCAGAGCAGUCUGGCCGAACUUCAGGAUUGAAGACCUCCCCGGAUCCUUCGCACCGCAGAUCCUUUUAGGACUCCUGUGGCGCCUCCGUGCCACGCAUGGGGAGCAACACCCGAGGAAGGUGACGGAAGGAGAGGCGAAGCGAUGUGAAGUAUUUAUGAAACGGGUAAACAAUGAGUGUAAAUCGCGUGCAUAGGUUUAUGAGAAGUACCAGGCUCUGAGUCGCUUUAAGCUAUCGGGAAAUAAGAUUAUUUGAUCAACAGUUGUACUAUUUUAUACAGUAGAAGGAUAUGAAUUGUACAAAUGUACUUAUAUGAACAAUAAAAGGAUAUAUGUUGUACAAAAGUCGUACUCUUUUGUACAACAGAGAGAGAAUAGAAAAAAAAAGAAAAAUCAGAUAAUUUACUUUUACGUUGACAUCCUCUCACAGAGAAAUCAUGCACGCAAUUUCUCCGCUGCGUCGUACGGAUCAGUUGCCAGUAAAAGGAGCGACAAAGCGUUAUAUCCGUUGUUAUACAUGCAGAAGGAAAAGUAUUGAAAGCAAGUUGACAGGACACCUCAUUUUCGGCGAGGCGGAAUGCACUCUCUGCAGCCUGAACGUCAUAGCAUGCCGCACGUUCCACGAAGAGACCACGAAUUCUUCAAAUAAAGUCUGUAAUCAUAGGUUUGAGUUUAAUAAACCCUUCGACUAUUUGUACGACGAGUUAUCACAAAACAUCAAAAGGAAGUCCGAUGAAGCCCAGGCCAUCGCAGUCGCUAAUGGGCUUGCAACUUACCUGUCAAAACUCGGGCGGUUGGAGGGCCAAGAGCCUUGGAUGUCGGCCAUUUUGCGAUCCAGGGAAAAGGUAAAGGAAAUCCAGCUUCGAGGAACUGCUCCUCCGAAGGAGUUGAACAACAACGAAAAUAUCCCGGGUGGUUAUGCGUCCACCCAUUCGGACGUCGCGUACUCUACGCCCUUCAGAGAAAACGGGAUGAGCGUCCUACCAAUAAAAUUAUACAGAGUAAGGAACUGCGAUUCGCCUGAAUGUUCGGGAGCCAAGGGCAGUCCGACGGAAUCCCUGUAUUGCAUCGCAGGAGGAGAGUCAGUCAAGGAGCCUCGUGUACGCAAGCCGCUCCGCGAAACGCAGCCGUCCUCUGCCCCGACGCUGCCUACUGAAACCUCUUCGACAUCGGCAGCGCAGGCGACGCCUCACGAGACACUACCGUCGGCGGGAUCGGCUCCCCCAAGAAAUGAAAUCGUCGUCACCGGCUUCCUGAACACGCCCGCGGACGGCUACUACUACGUGAGCCGCCGUGCCCUCGAGGAGUGCCCAAUGUGCUACGCCGCGCUGUGCCCCUCGAGGUUCACCGUCAACGUCCAGACGUUCCUCCUGACGACGGUGUGCAUCGACUGCGGCCUCACCAUCUACCUAGUCUUCGAACCUCCAGACGGCUCGGCGCCCAGGGUGGCCAUAGUGACGGAGAACCAGAGCCUCUGGAUGGCCAAACCCAAAACGAAAGUCAGUGGGAAGGAGAAGAAUAACAAACCCAGACGCCCUUUUACGAUGCAGUGAGCUUAACGCGCGAAGGGAGUGGGGCUUGUCAAGCAUACUGGAUUUAUUACGAAGACUGUAAAGCAUUCUUUUAUUGCAUCGUGAACUCGUUAAUAAACCCACUCGAACUGGGUUAUUUUGCUAUUAUUCUAUCGGCAUUACUAUACCAAAGGAUUGGCUGUGUAUGUUUGUGUAUUUUAACUGCAUGACGAGGAAAUAUCUCUAUCAUGUAGAAUCUUUGUAUAUAUUGUAAAGUAAUAUUGUAUUAGGGAGUAGAACUAAGAGUUUUUUAUGAUAAAUAUAUGUUAUUUUGCC